AUGGCCCACAGACGAGAUACAUACGCGGAGAAUAUGGGACGCAAUUCCACCGAGGCGCAAAGACUUGACGAACAGUUUGAAUUGAUCACCGAAAACAUCGGCUACCUCGUGCACCCGGCCGUCCAAGCCAAGCUGCCUCCCAACGCCCUAGUCGCUGACGUGGGCACAGGCACUGCAGCCUUCCUACGCAGUCUCACCCAUUACUAUCCCAGAGCAGAGCUACACGGCUAUGAUAUUUCAACCUCCUUGUUUCCACCUCCGCUCACUCUACCCCAGAAUGUCACACUACGCCUCCUAGACGCGCGUCAGCCCGUCCCGUUAACGAUAUGGCACAAAUACGAUCUAGUACAUGUACGGCUCAUCUCGGCAGGUCUCAAGCCAAACGAGUGGCCAGCAAUAGUUCAAAACCUGACCCGCAUGUUGAAACCGGGAGGUGCGAUGCAGUGGGAGGAAUGUGAUUUCACAGCUGUGCGGCAUCUACCCGGAUCGCCAACUGCCACUAUCAACACUGCGUCCUACAUGGGUCAGCGCUUUCUUGCUGGGAUGAUGCAUCAUUUUCAGAGUGGGUGGAAUACACUGAUGGAAGGGAUGCGGGGUGCUGGUUUGCAAGACGUUCAUACGGAGGUUGUUGCUGCUGACCGGGUUUAUGCGACUCGUUCGCGUCUGACUGCCAAUGGGAUGGUGGCUAUCUUUGCUUGGGCGAGGCUUGCAUCCGCUAGGGGUGAUGAAGGGUCUUUGUCUAUGCUGCAACUGGAACAGCUUGAGCGGAAGGCGUAUGCGGAUAUUGAGUCGGGAUGCUAUGUAACAUUUGACAUCCACGUUGCUUGGGGUUUUCGUCCAGUCUGA